AUGGUGGUCCAAGAUCCAAGACCCAAAAGUCAAGACCCUUUUCUAAGUGGAAAGUGGUCUUCUUUUCUAGAUGAAGGGGAGUCUCUACCUCUUGUAGUUUUCCAAUGUGGGACUCUUGGUAUUGCUCAUAGUUGUAACUUGUGGCAAGGCUUCUAUGGAAAAGGUGACGACCUCUCUGUUAAGGCUCAAAAAAUCCAAGGUGAGGAGGUAGCCAAAAAUGGGAGUUCAUUACUAAAGCAGCUGCGGGAAAGCCUUAGAGCUCCCAAAAAUCUUGUCUUUGAGUGCUUGGACUAA